AUGGCGAUUGGACAGGCCAAGACAAAGAGCUCGUUUGCCACGAGCUUGAGCUUUUCAAGCAGCGGCAGCACCAGGAUCCUGGGGAGGAAGAGGGUCGCCGUCUCGCCGGCACCGUCCCCCUCCGGCCCGCACUCGCCGGCGCGCACUCUGCGCAAGCAGCGCAGCAUCAGGCUCCACAUGGGCGGCACCGUCAGUCUGCUCGAAUCGCUGCCUCAGGAUGUCUUGAUAAAGGUCUUGUGCAAGGUGAACUACAGUGACUUGAGGCAGCUGCUCCUCGUGUCCAAACAAGUUAGCGCUGCAACGCUUGUUGCCAAGGAGCAGCACUUCGCAUUUGCGACGCCGUCCUCGAAGCCCGUCUUCAGGGGCGGCGAGGAGGAGGAACAAGAAGCCCCCUGGGCGCCCAAGCAACGCAGGGUUGCAAGGUCGCCCAUCUUGGGCAAGAAGAACCUUGCGAGCAUCAGCGUCAACCUGUUCGAGUCGUUCAUCUCGGAGGCGUAGAGAUGUAAAUAUUACAGGACCAGGCACACUUUCCAGUUUUCGCAUCAAAUCACUUCGCUUCUUGUAUCUAGCAAAGCAUCUCGUGCUCUAGUGUUAGGUUAUAAUGUUAGGAGUGCAUUUUUUUUAGCUCACGUCAAACAGAGAAAAACUUAGGCUUAGAUAGUCAUACGGUCAUAGUUAUCAUAUGUUUUUAGCUAAAAAUGGUCGUUCUUCAAUGCUGUGAUUGAAGAGAACACGAUGUCUUGUGUAUGUAUAUGUAAUAAGUUAGUAUAAGCAUCGAAUGCACGAA